UCCCAAUAUAAAGGAUCCUGGGAUCCUUGCUUUCUUAUUGUGAGCCUGUUAAAAUCAAUGACAAAACUCUGAUUGACUUCUCCCCUUGAAGUAAUUUCCUCCACUGGCAUUUUCUCAUCUCAGCACACAAGAGAGGCCUCUGCUGGUCACACAAAACCAUACGUGGCUCCUGCUUAUUUUACUUUCACUUUAUUAACUUAGUGACCUUUGUUCAUCAAAGCUGGGUGGCAACUUUUUCAGCCGUGUGUUUUACAUAUUUCGGACGAAACAAAAACAUUGUGAAACCUAUGGAUGAUGCUCUACAGGACAUAUCAGUCAUACUGUGAUCGGCUACGACAGGACAUGUACUUUCUUACAAGCAAUGGCCAACUGAGUGAGCACCUGGUUGAUAAAAUUAUUCUUCAGUUGAACAGAGUCUACCCCCAAAUUCUCACUAAUAAAGAAGCAGAAAAGUUCAGAAAUCCAAAGACAUUACUUCAUACUCGUUUGUCAGACCUGAUAAAGCACUUGCAAAAUAAAGGAGACAAGCAUUGUCAAGAGUUUUACAGAGCUUUACAGAUCAAUGCUGAACAGGUGUAUAAUGACUUGCCAAGCAGGAAAAUCAUAAAAACCACAGAUUCCACAGGGAUAGACACUGACAAGGAGCAAUAUAUUCUAAAUGACAGGGGUCCCAUGUUCUUCCUCGCCUGUUUUAGUGUUGCUGCAGGAUUCGCAUUAUUCAUGUAUUGCUGUAACUCAGGUACAAAAGUUAUAGGAGGAGCCCGGAAAAUACUGGGAUUUUCUCCUAUUAUCAUAGGAAGACAUGUUAAAAAUAUUUGUAUGUUGUACCUGGAAGACACAUCAAGGAACAAAUGAAGAAAAGUUGUUUCCUUCAGUUGUCUGUAAAGUAUACCUGCCAAAAGAAAACCCGCAGUGCACGCGCGCGCGCACACAC